UUACUAGGGUCAGCUGAGCGAGCGAGCGAGGGAGGAAGGGAGGGGCUUUUUAGAAGCCGUGUGACUGGACGGGAAGGAACGAUAGCGUUCUCCGGCGAUAUUUAGCGUUUAAAAAUCGAUAACUAAGAUUCACCAUCAUGUCUAAGAGCUAUAACCCAUUUGAUGAAGAAGAAGAAGAUGAAGACUUAAAGCCUGUAAGUUGGAAUGAAGACCCCGCAGAGCGGAGAAGAAGGGAAGAAUCAGACAGACAAAGAUCUCUGCAGCAAGAAGUGAUGUAUAGAGCACAGAACACAGUGGACAGUAGUAAUAGGUCACUAUCUCUCAUGUAUGAAUCGGAGAAGGUUGGGACAGAAACUGCUGAGGAACUAAUGCGUCAGGGAGAGGCCUUAAAACGCUCAGAAAAAAUGGUGGAUAAAAUGGAACAAGAUAUGAAGAUCAGUCAGAGGCAUAUUAGUAGUAUAAAAAGCAUGUUCAGUGGUUUCACCAACUAUUUCAGAGCCAAACCUGCUGAGACACCCCCACAAAAUGGAGCAUAUGAUUACAAGGCUAGCAACAAAUUACAAGAGGCAAUUGCAAGCAGCAAAGAACAAGAGGACAGAUAUCAUGCUACUCAUCCAAACCUCAUGAAACGUGACACAUUGGAUUCUAGCAGUAAUGUGGGUGCAGCAAGUUCUGGAUAUACACACAAAAACCAGUUUCUUCAAGACUACCAUAAGAAAGUUGAUGAUAAUUUAGAUGACAUGUCUCUUGGCUUAGGCCGGUUGAAAAACCUGGCCAUGGGGUUACAGUCUGAGAUUGAUGAACAAGAUGAUACAAUUGAUCGUUUGGGAGGAAAAAUGGAUAAACUGGACUUAAACAUCAAGACUACAGAUAAACGGAUUCGGGAUGAACUUUGAGAGUAUCUUCAUAUCUUAACAUAUGCACUCCAAAUCAUUUAAAAUGUAGCGCCUUACAGGUUUUUAUACAGCAGAUUUUAAUGUCUUUGUUUUUAUAGCUUUCAGCUACAAACAGAACACCUAGCUGUAUCCCCAAUGGGACUGCAUAUGCUAUACUAUAAGCAUGAUGUAGUCUUCAAGAGAGGCUUUUCCAUGUAUAGGAUUUAUUUAUUUGAGGGCUCCAUCACACUACAUGCCUUGGGCUGCAUUGAUCAACACAGUCCUAACACAAUGAAAAAAUUAAAUUCAUGGGUUCCAAUAGCUUCAGUUGACCACCAUUGCAGCGUGUCCACUCAUUAGGCAAUAAAAAACCAACAAAGUUGUAUUAAUCCAGCUUUAAGGAUUUGGAGUGCAUAAAAGUGGUCUUUGUUUUACUGUGUACACGCAAUGUACUUUAAAUUAUUAGGCAAAUACAGGAGCCUCUUUGAUGAUCUUCCAUACUUGCACAGUGACCCUGAACACAUAUACACAUAAUAUCCAUGAAUUCAGAUCAUGUUAAAACAGAUAUUUACUGCGUGUUGUAAUAAGCUGCUCUACUUAUUAAGUUACUUUUAUCAGUUAGGCUGGGAACUCUUAUGCAUUGGCAAUCUGUAAAUGUGCGAUAGGUCAUAAGUGACAUGUUGACCUUUGCCACAAAUGUAGACCAAUUUUUACAUCCUAUAUACCAGGUCCUGCAAUAAUCAAGAACAAUUGAGGAAGUCUGUGAUAAAUUACUGGAGACUAGGCUGGAUGCAGAAUAGAAAUCACUCUUUCAUUUAGACCGCAGCAGCCAGUGGUUAUCUAGUUACCGUAGGACUGCAACAAUCUCUACAAACCUGAGACACAAGUCUUCUGCUUAUUUAAGUGUAUCUUCAGAUGUAUUUUGCUGUCUGGGUCCCUAGUAUGAAAAUGUCUGCUUCCCUCCAGCCGUUGUCACUGGAAUCAAAAUGUUGAGAGCAAUAAAGACCCAGCAAAGUUCUACCCUUCCUUACUAAAAUAAUGUGUUUUUUAUUUCUACCAUUGUCCCCAUUGGAGAUUUUUCCUGUCUCCUUGACCUUACUGAGAGGAGAUCAAACCCCAUCCUUUUAUUUAGACAAUAAUAGCCAGUGGUUAUCGUCCAGCUACUCUAGGACUACAGACAUUUCUACAAAUGUGAGACAUUGGUCUCCUGCCUUCUUAAAAUGUAACUCCCAUAUGGAUUGUGCUUUCUGUGUCUGUUAUGAACAUUCCUGCUCCCCUCCAAUCAUUGUCACUGAAACAGAAAUGUUAAGAGCAAUAAAGAACUGACAAGGUUCUAAUGUUCCUUACUAAAAGAAGGUGUUUUUAUUGCAAGAUUUGUCUCCACUGGAUUUUUAUUUUCCUGGCUCAUUGACCAUAGGAAGUGAGGGGAAUCCUUCAAUAGGGACAAACUGCUAUAAAAAUCUGACCGUUUCUAACCCUUCCUUACUCUGUUGAAAACAAAUAAACACUAAUUCAAAUUAGGGGUAUAAUUAUAAAUGUUGGCAUACAAGAUUUACAUAUUUUUAAAAUGUAAUCCAAUUCGAAUGUAUGACACUUUUUGGGAAUUGAGUUAAAACAAUUUUGACUAGACACCUUAGUGUGAGUAAAAUAAGCAAAAGACAAUUAGUGCAUUCUAAAACAAUGUGAAUAAUAUAGUAGCUGGUGUCAUGUAAGGUGAUUUCCCUCCACCUGCAAAAAAAAUGUAUACCAAAAAACAGUGCUGCGCUACUAAGUGACUCAAAACAUAUAUAACAUGAAUGCAAUAAUAUUAAUGACUGAAGAAAUAAACAUUUUUUGCAUCAAAA